GUGGAGGGGGUGGAGACAAAUCCCUCUCAGGGGAAAGCACGCGCCGCCGCAGUAGCGAGGGUCGAGCCGCUGCGAAGGAAGCAGCUGUACCCGGUCGGACCUUCGGAGGCUUGCAGGCCGAACAGUCUACUGGUUGGUGCUUAGAACCCUGCCGCGGCGGCGGGUCCCACCACGUGCUUCCGGCGGCGACAUGGAGCUGGAGGAGUUAGGGAUCCGAGAGGAAUGUGGCGUGUUCGGGUGCAUCGCCUCAGGAGAGUGGCCCACGCAGCUAGACGUACCACAUGUGGUCACUCUGGGACUCGUGGGGCUGCAGCACCGAUUUUUUGAAUGGUGGCAUUAUUUCAAUUAUUUUUUAAAAUUAAUUUUUACCUUGUGCAAAAUAGCAUAUACAUACAGGGGUCAGGAGAGUGCUGGUAUUGUGACCAGUGAUGGAAAUUCGAUACCCACAUUCAAAACACACAAGGGAAUGGGUCUUGUAAAUCACGUAUUUACUGAAGACAAUUUGAAGAAAUUAUAUACUUCAAAUCUUGGAAUUGGACACACAAGGUAUGCCACAACAGGAAACUGUGAAUUAGAAAAUUGCCAGCCCUUUGUUGUUGAAACACUUCAUGGAAAAAUAGCUGUGGCACAUAAUGGCGAAUUAGUUAAUGCUGCGCGCUUAAGGAAAAAGCUUCUGCGUCAUGGUAUUGGUCUGUCAACAAGUUCUGAUAGUGAAAUGAUCACUCAGCUACUGGCUUAUACCCCUCCUCAGGAACAAGAUGACACCCCAGACUGGGUAGCUAGGAUUAAAAAUUUAAUGAAGGAAGCACCCACGGCAUAUUCUCUGCUUAUAAUGCACAAAGAUGUGAUUUAUGCAGUCCGAGAUCCCUAUGGAAAUCGUCCUCUAUGCAUUGGUCGUCUUAUUCCUAUUUCUGAUAUAAAUGAUAAAGGAAAAAAAACAUCAGAAACAGAAGGAUGGGUGGUGUCUUCAGAAUCUUGUAGCUUUUUAUCUAUCGGUGCAAGAUAUUACCGUGAAGUCUUGCCUGGAGAAAUUGUGGAGAUAUCCAGACAUAAAAUCCAAACUCUUGAUAUUAUACCAAGGUCUGAAGGAAACGCAAUGGCUUUCUGCAUCUUUGAAUAUGUUUAUUUUGCAAGACCAGAUAGUAUAUUUGAAAACCAGAUGGUUUACACAGUAAGAUAUCGUUGUGGUCAGCAGCUGGCCAUUGAAGCCCCUGUGGAUGCAGAUUUGGUUAGCACUGUCCCAGAAUCCGCUACACCUGCUGCUCUUGGUUACGCAACAAAGUGUGGGCUUCCAUACGUGGAGGUGCUAUGUAAAAACCGGUAUGUAGGAAGAACAUUCAUUCAGCCAAACAUGAGGUUAAGACAACUUGGUGUUGCAAAAAAAUUUGGAGUACUGUCAGACAACUUUAAAGGAAAAAGAAUUGUUCUUGUAGACGAUUCAAUUGUGAGAGGCAAUACCAUCUCACCCAUAAUCAAGUUACUCAAAGAAUCUGGUGCAAAAGAGGUACAUAUUCGCGUAGCUUCACCACCAAUUAGAUAUCCAUGCUUCAUGGGAAUAAACAUACCAACAAAAGAAGAGCUUAUUGCCAAUAAACCAGAAUUUGAGCAUAUUUCAGAUUACCUAGGAGCAAACAGUGUUGUGUAUCUGUCAGUAGAAGGACUGGUUUCAUCUGUACAAGAAGGAACAUUGAAAAAACAGAGAGUGAAAAAGCAUGACAUUGCAGUUCAAGAAAAUGGGAAUGGUCUGCAAUGUUUUGAAAACAAUGGUCAUUGUACAAAGGAAGAUAUUAUGAUUCAAGAAAAUGAGAAUGGUCUGCAAUGUUUUGAAAAGAAUGAUCAUUGUACAGCUUGUCUGACUGGAAAAUACCCUGUGGAAUUGGAAUGGUAGCUGCCAGAGGCAGACAUGAUAUUUCAGGUCAAAAAAGUUGGUGAAGAAGCUGUAGUGGUUAUACCUUCAUUUACUGUUACUCAGUUGGUACAAUAAAUGCUUGUGCUGUAA